ACAUCAUGCCUAAAAGUUGUUGUGUCCCCCUUUGCCCGUCGACUGACCGAAACAGCCCCGGCGACCACUAUUUUGAAAUACCAAGCAACGUGGAGCGGCGAGCGGCUUGGCUGAAGCGAAUAUCAAGGCAAGGCACCGCUAAAGGUAGCCCGUGGCAACCUGCUUCGAGGUCGGUCGUGUGCUCGCGCCAUUUUAUUGAUAAAGACUACCGAGAAGGCUGCAAGAGAAAGCUCCUCCGGUCAAGCGCUAUUCCUACAGUGUUUCCGGAAUACCCCUCCUACUUGCAGGACGGUGACUGUCCCAAACGAAGAAAGCUAAGUCGGCAAGAAAACGACGAAACACAAUCAGAUCGACGUUCCAACCAGGAGCCUGCCAAUGAGAAUGACAGCCAACAUGCAGAUGACAGGUCUGAUCGAGUGGAUGAGCCCCCGGCUGAAACUGAUCCCGAGACGGAACCAUCGGAAGAGACGACAACAACUGAUCAAGAAAGCCAAACCGUGCUGAACGUUGCCGCAAUGCUUGAAGAAAACAAAAGGAACACGCACCGCUUGCAGGUGAAGGUGAACAGACUAAAUUGCUCGAUGCAGAAACUUCAAAAAAAGUGCGAUGAGUUGAGCAGAAAAGUUCAAGAGUUUGAGCAGAAUAAAGCGGUACAAGCUCUCAAGAACAUCUUCGCUGCAGCAGACCGAGGGGACAAAACUGCCACUUUUGUGAGACACCAAAUAAUGUCGUUUGGAAAAACAAGGCCCAGCUAUGAGGAGCAUGUUCUCCGUGAGUGCGUCCUUUGGAAGGCAUGCUCAAGCAAGGGAUAUGAGCACGUCAAGGCUCGGAAACUGUUCAAGCUGCCAUGCCGUAGCACCCUCCAAAAGUUUGUUGGGCGUUCCACCGGAGAAGUGGGCGUCACAACUCUAAUCAAUGACCGUCUACGUGCCGAAUUUCAGGCAUUGAAAAUUGACCAAGAAAGGCACUGCUCUCUCAUUAUUGAUGAGAUGGCAAUACAGCAGAAAGUCGUGUACGACCGUCAAGUGGACAAGAUUUUCGGACUAGUUGACAUGGGUAUAGACUCGUCCGAAGCAUCCAGUUCAGGCACGCCCCAAGUAGCAAACAGGCUGUUAUGUUUUGUAAUUCGUGGGCUUUCGACAGCCUACAUUAUCCCUGUCGGUUAUUUUUUCACAAGAUGCCUGAGGAAUGACGAACUGAAGAAAAUGACAUUGAGUGUCAUGCAGGCCAUUGAGGACGCUGGAUUUCGCGUCACGAGGAUUGUCACGGAUAACCACAAGACGAAUGCCGCGCUCUUCAGGAGCAUGUCAGAAGACAAGACACUGCAGCAUGUAAUCGCACAUCCUUUUCGGGAAGACGACCCUUUAUUCUUAUCGUUUGAUCCCAACCAUCUCAUAAAAAAUUUGAGAACUAAUCUGCUGGAGAGAAGCAUGUUUGAUGGAGAUGAGGAGAUCCAAGGGGGUCUUUUCCUCAAAGAACUAUACGACAUCCAGAGUGGCCUUUUGGUGAAGCCGGUAAGGUUUCUGACACGGGCACACGUCGACCCCAGCAACCUCGAGAAAAUGAAGGUGUCUAGAGCAACACUCCUAUUUUCUCCAGUAGUUAUUGGGACUCUUGAGUACCUCAAAGAAAACCCCAGCUGCCAUGAAAGGGCGCCUACUUUCGAAGGCUGUGGCGCGACCGUCCGCUUCAUGAGAGCCAUAGGGAAGUGGUAUGCUUUGCACAACAUUGGUGGGUGGACCGAUCGACAUGACCAGGAGCAGCCCUUCAUAACUACAGAUGAUGAAAGACUGUCGUGGCUCGAAGUGGACUUCGUUGAGUACAUGGAACAUCUAAGAACUUCCGGCGAUGGUGCACGCAAUCGCUGUAUGACGAAAGAAACAUAUGAGGCGACUAUGAUGACGACAAGGUCCACAGUGGCCCUCGCCGAGUACCUUCUUGACAACAUAAACUUCCGGUACGUCCUAACACGCUGCUUGAACAGCGACCCCGUGGAGUCUCUUUUUAGCUGUUUCCGGCAGUUCAACGGUGGAAACGACAAGGUGGACGCAAGGACCGCUGUGUUCACUGCAGAGAGGUUGUUGAAGGUCGGAAUCAUCGAGGCAGCAAAAUCUGGAAAUGCGCCAACAAGCUACGAUGCCCAGACUUCAGUGCGAUCGUCCGCUCCCCAACGUCCUGACGACAACCUUCCACCAGUCAUAGAGAUGGCAGCGAGGAGGCUCAUGAGGGAGCUGAAGUCACCGGACGUUUGUGAUCAAGUGUCAGAAAGCCUGGAACUCGCUCCACUAGCCUACGUGGCAGGCUACAUAGCGCUUGCUUGUGAUGAAAAGGUCACCUGUCCUUCUUGCAAGACACUACUUCAUCAGCCUCGCACAACGGACAGCCCCUUCAACUUGCUUAGAAUUCUCGAUCGUGGAGGACUAACGUAUCCGACGUUAGAUGCUCUUUGGGUGUGCAAGAUCACCUGCAGGUUUGUGCAGGACGUGCUGCAGUCCUCUGAUGUCAGGCGAAGCAGUCAAAUAUCGAAGAUGUUACUCGCCGCGUUGCUUCCUUGCAUGAUGUCGUGCCCACUGAUGUGGUGCAAAGAAAGGGAUUCCCAAGAACAUAGCAGGGAACUUUGUGAAUUGUUUCUGCGGAAGCUGCUCAGGCCACUCUUGGCUAACUGGACUGGAAACAUCAACGACUCCCUCGAUAGAUAUAUGAAGCUUUAUCACAAGCCACUUUCACGAAAGGUCAUACGGUUGUAAGGUUGUGUUUAGUGUU